AUGAAGAAACGCUGUCUGGAUGUGAACAAGCUCCGGAAAAUGAAAAGACUCAGACUGACUGAGAGAAUCUCUGAGAGUGCAUACUCGUUCCUGAAGUUCAUGACCAUGUGGAUAGUGGUGCUUUUGGCUGACUUUAUCCUCGAGUUCAGACUGGAAUACUUGUGGCCUUGUUGGCUCUUCCUUGGUACGGUCUACACCACUUUCCACUGUCACGGCCUGGCGAUCUGUAUGAUUUUUGUGUGUGCUGCGUUUACUCUGGAUAUUUUCUGCUUAAUUUUUUUACCUCUACACUGGCUAUUUUUUGCAGCCAGCACUUACGUCUUACUUAAUUAUAUCUGGCACACAGAGAAGGGAAUCUGUUUAUCAACUGUGACCUUAUGGAUCCUCCUGGUCUAUACGGAAAUCUCACUCCGACUCAGAGACCUGAAGAAUCCGUACGCCAACCUGUCCCACCUCUUUGCUGCACACUGCAUUGGAUACCCUCUGGUGUACAUGGGAUUUGACGCAACGUGCUACUUCUCCAGUAUUUUGAAGUUUCGCACUGAAAAAGCAGUUCAAAGUGAGAGUGACUUGCACUUUCAUCUGCUUCAACAGCCCCUACCUCCCUACACACAGAUCUUCCCCAAACUGGGACUGGAAGAAUCCAAAUGGAGGACCAAACCAGCGCCUGUGCAAUACCAGUGUCAGAUCAGCGCCGUUACACCAGAGGAUAAGCAAGACCCGGGGGACUGCUUCCAACUCCACAAACCUCAGGGGAAGACGGAAAGAGACGCCGGCGAUACGAAGCCACGGGAGCCGAACCCUCAACCCCCAGGGUCCAAACAGCAAAUGACAGCAAAUAUUGAAAUCCGCUCAUGUCCCGACAUCACUGAAACUCUACCUCAGGAGGAGCAGAGCGGCAAAACUCAGAGAGCAUCCCGGAGCUCGCAGGCCAAACUACAGAGGAGCUGCGUGAGCGCCGUAACCAGCAAAUCAGAGAAAAAACUCAAAAACCUUAAAGCCAUCAGCUGCCCUGCGGACACGGGGGACAAGAUCCUAAAUAUUCCCGCUCCUCACAAUCCUCACGCUGAGCAGAUAGCGAAGCUGGAACAGGAGAUGAAAAAGCUGAAGGUGGAACUGCAGGCGAGCCGACAGAACGAGCAGGAGCUGCGCAGUCACAUCUGCAACCUGACUAACAGCGAGAACAGUCUCCGCCCCGAAAUCUCCCUGCUCAGACACGCCAACGAACUCCUGCAUAACAAGCUCCAGUAUCUGAAUAAAUCCAGACAGAAGGACAAACAGAGCUGUGCCAUGUUGGAGAAGAAAACCAGGACAGAGACAGAGAGCAGGAUAGCAGCAGAAAAACAGCUCACGGAAGUUCGGUCCCAGAAAUUCGAUGAGGCAGCUUUUAUAUUACGCGGUGCAUCAAACAGACAGGAACAAACUGAAACACAACUGUUGAGGAAAAGAGCUCAAGAUCUGGACACCGAGUACAAACAGCUACAGCUGAACUAUCAGGAGAAUGAGAAUCGAGUGCUAGCGCUGGAGAAACAAGUGGAGUCUCUACAGAAGCACAGAUGUACAGAGGUGGAAGCCAACGCUUUGCUGUUAGCCCUCUCCUCGCUGCAGGACAAAGCUCAGCAUUUAGAGUACAACCUGAGUGCAGAGACGCGCCUCAAACUGGACCUGUUCUCGGCACUGGGGGACGCUCGGAGGCGCUUUGAGAUAACACAGAUUAAACUCCUAAAGCAGGACCAGGAGAUCAAGGAGAUGAAGCAGAGGAUUGCCGAGGUCAUGGCGGUCGCUCCCGGCGUCUCUUACGCGGCUCCGCGCCCAGCCAUGCCUCAGUACGUCAAGUUUCUGAACUCGGAGCGGCACGUCCUCAAUCCGCGGAGCCUCAUGUACCAGUGUCUGAGGAAAUAAACACAAAGCUUUGGAUCUGCUCGUCCUCGCGUUGCUUAGGGGGCGCGUUUAUACGUUUUGUAUAUCGAGUCCGGCCGUCAGCCUGAGGUUAACUAACCCCGCCAGUGAGCCGAGUAAACGAGGUGGUCGAUUUCAGGAUGACCUUUCCAUGAGCCAGCAGUUUGACUGUACAGCAGUUUGUGGUGCUACAGAGUUACAGCAGGAAACGAAUUCCUUAUAAAAACCCUCCUGCACUCCAGCACAGUGGGAAGAUAAACCGUCACACGGAUCGUCGGUGGUUUUCUAAAAUGUUGGAGUAACACAACAGGCUUCAUGGCUCAUGUCGUGCCUCAGUACAACGUUGAAACAAUAAAAGCCAAUACUUAUGUUCGUUCUGUGAAUAUGAAGUGCUUUGUAUGGUUUUGUAUUCCUUUUUACAUUAAACGCGUCGUAAAGGAAUUUUCCUUCCAAAAAAACAUUUGUAGGUUUUCACGUCUUCGGACCGGUUGCCUUUUUAUGUCUCGAUGGGGUGUUUUUUUAUGAGAUAUUUAUUUUUCUGCCUCGAUGUAAAUUUUCCCUGAAACACGAUGAGAACGGAUUUUCUGUGUUGGUCUGCAUGCUAAUUUAUGUAACGGAAUUUGAAUAACAAAAAUGAUGAUCAGCCUUGAUGUUUAAUUGUGCAUUUGUGCAAGGGCUAAUGUUUUCUU